GGGUGGGGCUUGCUGACGGCAGGGAGGAGAGUGACGCGGGAGCGCUUGGGGCCGAGAGUUCGCGGCAGUGGGCGCGGGCGCGAGCCGGGUCCUAAGGUCGCGCGGGCGAGAGUGUACUUGCCUGGGCGGCCGCGUGAGGUGUGUGGCGCGCGCCGCGCCGGCCGGUCGGCCGGCCAGCCCCGCGUUCCAUCGGGGGCGGGGCGGCCGCUCUCCCCCCAGCAGCAGCCAGGAGCAUGUCCUCGAGUAGGGCCAAGAAAGUGAAGAUGGCCACCAAGUCCUGCCCGGAGUGCGACCAGCAGGUUCCUGUUGCAUGCAAAUCGUGCCCUUGUGGCUACAUAUUUAUUAGUCGAAAGCUCUUGCAUGCCAGACGUGCUGAGAAAUCACCACCCACUGCAGAAAACAAGAGUGAGGCCAAAAGGAGACGAACAGAGAGAGUUAAGCGAGAGAAGAUAAAUUCUGCAGUAAAUAAAGACUUAGAAAACAGAAAAAGGUCCAGAUCUAACAGCCAUUCAGAUCAUAGCAGACGGGGACGAGGAAGACCUAAGAGUGCCUCAGCCAAAAAGAAUGAGGAAGAAAGAGAGGAAUUUCACUGGGCCAUAAAAACUUCAUCCUGAAGCUUGGCGUACAAAUAUGAGGAUUUGGAGAAGAAAUAUAGAAACAAGACAAAGAAGUUGACAUGUAUGCUAACCUUUCAGAUGAGAAGGCUUUCGUGUUUUCAGUGGCCUUGGCGGAAAUAAACAGAAAAAUUAUCAAUCAAAGACUUAUUCUCUAACUCAUCAGCACAAUCUGACUUAAUUGUAUGCAGUAUGGCUGGCAUAUUUCCAAGGUGUCAUGGACUCCCGGGAGGCAUAUUGUUUUCAUCAACCAGGACCAUAGCUUUUCCUUGUUAAAACUGCUGCUGUUUUGGAGCUCACAGACUUUUGUGUGUCUGCACAUCAGCAAGAAGCAACAUUGUCAACAUUUUAGUUCGUUAUGCCUUGGAGACUAAUGCUUGAUGAAUGCACCGAGAAAAUGCACCAUUUCCAGAGCACUUCGUUAGAUUUGCUGCCCAGAAAUGCAAUAUUUUAAAUACUUUCCAAAAGAAUGAUUUUCUUUUUAAAACGAAAUAUAUUUCAGAUUUUUCAACUAUAUUACUGUUUACAUAUGUACAGUUCAUCUAACCUUUUAAUAAAUUGAUAUUC